AUGCAGCACGCCACAGACGCGGACAUGGCCGCUAGGGCGCGCGCUUUUGUGCAGCAGCAGGCGGAUGAAGCAGCCAGCAAAGGCACCACCGAGACAUGGUACUGCAUCACGGCCUGCGCUUUUGCGGCCUGCAACCAGGGCGGCUUCGUGGGCGACGUGUACAAGGCCGCCAUUGCCUCCAGCGACCCGGACGACAUCGCCCACCAGCAGCUGGUGCUCCGGCGCAUCAAGGAAGCCCUGCUCAAGACGAGCGUCAUCUUUGGCAUCCCGCGCACCAUCAACGCCUUUCGCGCGCUCGUCCGGGCCCUGCCAUCACCGGCGGCCAAUGAGGUCGCGUCCGUCCGCAGCCACAUUGCGCGCCCUGCCGAUACCGACGCGCGCGGCCUUGCGUACAUGCGCAACAUUUUCCGGGCGGACCUCGAUCCCUUCCUCGACACCAUGGACCAGUACUGGCCGGACCUGCGCACACUCGUGGUGACGACCAUCUACGGCUACUACCAGUCGGACACGACGGUGCUGGGCGCCGUGGCGACGAGCCAGCUCAACAUUGCAACGCUGGUGCCCAUGGACGUGACGGCCGAGGUGGCGUGGCACAUGCGCGGCGUGAUCCGCAACGGGGGCACAAGGGACGACCUAGACUAUGCCUUUGCGACGGCCAUGGCGGCGUGCGAGAUCUGCGAUGUGCGCCUCAAAAACACGAUGCCGCGGCCAGAGGACGUCGUCAACGAGGAGCGGUUGUUUUAG